CAUCAUGACGCUGCAAUGGACACGUCACUUAGCCCCGCCCCCGCCCCCCCCCCUCCUCGCUGCGAGUGCGAGCGCGAGAGCGGAUAUAAGAGUGACGCAACCCGGAGCAGCUCAGCUCCCACGCGCACCGGGUCCGCUCUCACACGCACUUCGGACGCACUUCGGACGGACGGGACCGAUUCGUCGUCUCCGCUUUCGUCGCCGGUGAGCCUCCGACAGCUCGACCGCACGGUGAUGCUGCACAACUCUCGUCCGACGCUGGCCGACAUCAGCUGCUCGGCCCUGGUUCCGCGCCUGUCCCCGCCGGGCUCGCUGUCGCUGGACGACUUGAGCCACUUGGCGCCCGCCACCACCGACGAGCUUAGCCUCGCCGUCCGGACCGACGUCAGCUCGGACGGCGCCAGCUCCUGCUCGGACCUCGGCGUCGGAGGGAAGACGCAUGCUGAGUUAGAAAGGAGGAAGCGACGGAGGGAGAACAACAAGGCCGCUGCCGCCAAAUGCCGCAAAAAGAAGAAGGACAGGGCGGAAUAUUUGCUGCAGGAGUCGGAGAAGCUGGAGAGCGUCAACAUCAACCUGAAGGCUCAGAUCAAAGCUCUGAACCAGCAGAAGCAGCACCUGUCCUACAUGCUCAACCAGCACCGGCCCACCUGCAUCGUCCACGCCCAGAACGGACGAACCCCCGACGACGACACCGACCUCUUCGUGCGCCACCUCCAGGAGAGCCAAAGCUCCAUCUUCGCCCUCCGGGACAGCGCCAGCUCCAUCUUCGACCCCCCGGAACUGGACCCCGCCGGUGGGCUCCUGAGCCUGGACCACGUCCAGUGUUCGGUUUCCAUGUGACGAGACGCUGCACCAUGGAAUUCUGUGAAUUUUGACUUCUUUGUUUGAACUUUCCAUGGGAAUUUAUGGGACGAAAGCAGGAAUUUACACAUUGAAUGUUGGCUCUUAAUUGGGAAAUUAAAUAUACAGUAGUUGGGGAAAUUUUCACAUAAUCUUGACUAAUAUAACCAGAUCACAUGCAAUUACAGUGGUACCUUGAUUUGCGAGUUCCCAGACAAACUGAGUUACAAGCCACUUGGGGGAAGUGAAAAAAAGAUGUAAGGUAUUGUAAUGCCCUUGCAUGUGGGCAAGGGGAGCUACCCGUUUUCGGUAGAUCUUGCUGGCUUGACUAUAAAAUAAUAUCUGGUAUUGAUUCCCAGAGAAGAAAUUCAGGUGUUACAGCAGGAAAAAAAAAUCGAAAGUAGAUCAAAUAUUUCUUUAAAAAAACUAAAAAAACGGUAGGUGGCAUGAAAACACUCGUGCAGCGCCUCUCCUGUGUCUUUUGACCAAACUUUCGCAGUUCCUAUGUUGGCCACCAGGUGGUCACAACUGGAAUAUUCAUUCAUUCAUUCAUCUUCCGUUCCGCUUCUCCUCACUAGGGUCGUGGGCGUGCUGGAGCCUUUCCCAGUUAUCUUCGGGCUAGAGGCGGGAUACACCCCAAACUGGUCGCCAGCCAAUCGCAGGGCACAUUUAAACAAACAACCAGUCACACACACAUUCACACCUACGGGCAAUUUGGCGUCGUCAAUUAACCUAGCAUGCACGUUUUUGGGAUGUGGGAGGAAACCGGAGUGCCCGGAGAAAACCCACGCAGGCACGGGGAGAACAUGCAAACUCCACACAGGCGGGGCUGGGGAUUGAACCCCGGUCCUCAGAACCGUGAGGCAGAUGUGCUAACCAGUCGACACCGUGCUGCCCAAUUGGAAUAUGAUACCCACAAUUCCCAUGGAAAGUUUCCCCAUUUAGAAAAUUUCCAAAAUUAUUCAUCUCAACUUCCAUCUUGCCAUGGAAAUUUCUAGAAGCACCACAAGAAUUAAAAUAUUUAUCUGUGAGGUACUGAGGGUCAGCGCUGCUAAGUGGGGCAGAGGAUGGCGGACCCCUCACCCAACAAUCCAAAGCUGCUGAUUGGACAAAUUCAACGGCAUCACAAACUUGACUUUCAAUUGUUUUUUUUAAAGUUAUGUAGUGCCAUGUCCACUAAAUGGCACUUUGACUGUUGUACCACUACUUCCUGCUCAGCAAUGCACAAAGAAGCUGAGCGAGAAUUUAUUACUUUUUUUUUUUUACAUUUAUUUAAAGAAACGGUUAACUCAAUACCGUCUGCUACUGAAUAUGCUGCUAAUUGCUAGUUCUAGCCACUCAGGACCUUACAAGUUGCGUCCCGAGUGUGUCGUAAUGAUUCCGACACCAUAAAACUCGACGCGAGUGAUGUCGUCAUUCUCCUAGCAUACGAGCUAACGGCUACUCUUGUUGAUGUGUCGACAAAAUGUUUUUGAUGUGUCUGUAAUAUGUCUACAUUUCUAUAUUCAUGCGUGUGUGUUUCUGGGUUUCACCUCACAAGUUGUGUGUGUGUGUGGUAAAGCUACACAAAUAUUAUUUUAUACUUCUUACUUUUAUACGUUUGGUCAUGUGACCAUUAGAGCUUUGAGCCAAAAUGUUCCAACAUGUAGCAGGUCAGAGACCAGCAUGUUUGUGUGUUUUUUUUAAACGUUGGUUAAUAAAAUGUUGUACGAUAAA